AUGGCUUUGGAGCACCGGUUCACUAAACUUUCCUUGCAUGAGCAGGGGAAGGAUAUGGUCUCAGGUUCAUCGCGCCCUAAGAAUCCGAAUGGCCUGCCAUACGAACUCGCUGUCAAACCAGAGGAUGUUCCAAUAAUCCCCGACCCUGGCAUCUUCAAAUUUACGACACCGAUAAGUGUCGACCAUGAGCCCUCAAGAAGACGGAUGACUCUGGACUUGGCUUUGCCUACUCUGUCGGAGUGCGCUGCUCACCUCGAAUUCCUGGAGACGCUCUUCAUUUUGAGGCAGAAGAUUCUUGUUUCGACUGAAUUGGAUGAAGCGAUGCAGAUUAAACCUAUCAGAGAGACCAAGACUGGGUAUCAGGGAGAUGAGAAGACGCUCAAGGAUGACAAGCUUUGGGAACGAAGACAGGCGAAGUGGCCCAGAUUUGUUGAGCUUGCUACUGUUCGCUUUCUUGCGUGGCGAGAUCAUUUCAACAAGUCUUCGGCAAGAGAAAUUACACGAGAUAAUCUCCCGCCUCUUGAUGUUCUCAUGAUCUGGCAUUCAUUCCUUCUCAAUCCUCGUCUAUUCUUCAAUACCUGUUCCAGAGAACCGCUCUUCUCAGUCAAGUUUCCCUGGAAGCACAUUCACCACGCCAUCGAUAAUACAGAGUGGACUUUCACCCUGCCACCAGCAGCCGCAGCGAACUACGAAGAAGCAUCGGGCUUCGGGCCGAAUCUCUUCAACGAUAUUAUCUCAUGGAAAGGCCUCUCAUCCUUGUCGCUUGUUCACAUGUCGCAGGAGGGGUUUGGGGUCCGUGGCUAUAGGCCUAUGACAGACGAAAGUCCGUGCAAGGAAUACUCACAGCUCUUUCGAAAGUGUGACCCGGAAUUCGGGAAACAGCUGAGAGAUGCUGUUAUUCGUCAGGCUUCGUUUGUCGAUAAGAUGAAUUCGUUCAUGUGGAUAAGAUCUCCUGCUCUCCAUGGGACGAUUAGACGAGCUAUUUCGCGGUAUAAGAACUUCUGCAAGCUUCUCAAGAUGUCCAAAACCACUGUUGUGCCAACAUUGGAUAUCGAUCUGGUCUGGCAUACCCAUCAGUGUACGGCCAAGCAUUAUGGACAGGCGAUGAAGGUUUUGACAGGCAAGUUCAUCAAUCAUGACGAUACCAUUGAGAAACCACAGUUAGGUGAUGGCUUUGGAGAGACGAGAAGAUUGUAUCGGGUGUACUUUGGACAAGAGUAUCGUUCUUGUGGGUGCUGGGACUGUCAGGCUCUUUUGACGGAACUUGAAAGGGCUAUUGAGGAGGGUCAGGAUGUGGAUAUGGAUAAGAUCACGGCGAAGGUCAAGGAGGAUGUGUUCUAUUAUAGGGCUGUGGAGUGGUCGAGGAGACACAAAACGAGCUUGCCAAUGCGGCGGGCUUGAUAGGGGACCAAUUGGAGUAUCGUAUCUUCUAGUAUCUUCGGUACAGGUAUACAGUUCCUCUGAAGUCAUGUGACUAAGCGAAGCAAAGAGGGUCAUUAGAAAUUAAACCUUUCAUAUUGAGA